AUGAAGAGCCCCAAGUGGCUCAAAGCCAUCUGGGAGACAAAAGGGGAGGAGGUAGAGGUAGUGGAGGUGGAGAUUCCUCUUUGGGAGCCGCCUGAGGGCACGUCGCCGCGUCCCACCAGCAUCAGUCCGACGAGCGAGCUGGAACUGGGGACGGAUCGGGAGAGGUUGAGGGAGAAGCGCCCCUGGUGGGACUUCUGGCGGGUGGUGGGUCGGCUGUAA